AUAAAAUCUGUCAGUCGACCUCAGCCGGAGCUGCAACAACAAUGAGAGACAAACUGCGAACGACAGCAUUUAUCUUAGGAUGGCGUGAAAGUAUCACAUCCAGUAGUUUUGGUGUCGUUAGUAUGACAGAAAAAACAAGACCAAACUCCUGGAAUAGGUUCAGAUUCCGCACCACGUCGACUCUUGAGUCGUGGCAGCCGCUGAAGUCUCAGUCCCGGACACAAAGACUCCCAGAAACAUCUGAAACAUCAGAAUGGACUCAGACUGCCGCUCUAUUGAUCAGUCGGCCACUGCUCGCACAGACUCUGUUCUGACUGACUCAAUCUCUGUGAAUGGAGCCUCAGCGGCAGAAAUAACCACUCUGACGGCAGCUGCUCCGCCAGGUUCAGAAGGAGAGGAUCUGGAUUCCUACAACCUGAUUGAACCUCCCCCAUUAGAAUGGAGAUCAGACUCCUCCAGUGAGGCAACAGAUGAGCUGGAUGAGUCCACCCUGCCCAUCUCAGCUGACAGUUUGGACAAGACUAAUAUAGAUGAGUCCAUUUUACUGCCUUUGGAUGUGACAAACAGUUUAGCUCCACUUGACAUGAGCCAGCAGUCGCUUGCUGAAAAUAUUACAAAUCCAGUUGACAGUAUUCUGGUGGAGCUGGAAGAUGAAUGUGGAGAACUUAAGGAAGAGGAGGAAGUGAGAGGUGAAGGCUUGGAGGGCACAGCAGGGGAAGAGCCAACUUUUAGGGGCACUGAGAGCAGGGUCAGUGAAGAGGUGGAGCGCAUCAAUAGAAUUUCAAGUGAUGAAGACCACAGCCGCAUUCAGAGCCUCCUCACCCAGCUCCAGCUCAUGGGAGAAGAGCCUCAUCCCAGUCAUUACACACCUCAUCACCACUCUGACCAGACUGAGGAGGGUGCACAAGCACCGUUCCUGUCAACCAACAAUAGUAAUGAAACCACAGGACUGCUAUUCUCUGAAGCCCACCAGAGGGAUAUGCUGGGCAUGCUGCAGUGCACAGAGAUUGGCGCAACACCCCUUCCCAGCUCUCUGCCCAAUUCAGGAGCAGUGGAUGCAGUGGUGUCUGUUUCUUACAGUCAGGAGGACGCUCAGAGGUUUUGGGGGCAUUAUGGGAAUGGUCAACACCAGCGCCGCAGGGACGACUCUCUCACUUCACUGCCUGAUGAUGAGUAUCCUGAACCAGUGUGGAUGAAAAUGGGGGAGGAGCCUCCAGAUGAAGAGGCUGCUGCAGAGAGCGAGCAGAGUGCUGAUGACUGUCCUUCAUAUAAAAAUGUGCCUGGCCCUUGUGACCCCGAAGACCUGCUGGAUGGAGUGAUAUUUGGUGCAAAGUACCUGGGCUCCACUCAGAUCAAAUCAGAUAGAAAUCCAUCAACAAAUGCACGUAUGGCUCAGGCUCAGGAAGCUGUGGAUCGGAUAAAGGCUCCAGAGGGAGAGUCCCAGCCAAUGACAGAGGUGGAUUUAUUCAUCUCUACUCAGCGAAUCAAAGUGCUCACUGCUGACACACAGGAAGCCAUGAUGGAUCAUGCUCUGCAGAUGAUCUCUUACAUCGCUGACAUUGAUGACAUUGUGGUUCUGAUGGCUCGAAGAAAACGCAAAGGGCAAGAUGGUGACCCGGCAUCGAAUUCCUCUCAGAAGAAGUGUGUAAUGAUCUGCCAUGUCUUCUCCUCAGAGGAUGCUCAGGUCAUAGCUCAAGCUAUCGGGCAGGCUUUCGGGGUGGCGUACCAGCAGUUUCUUCCAGCCAACGCAUCAAGGCGUGAUCUGAGGCCGGGCGAGUACAGUGACUACCUGGAAAACCAAGAGCUGUACAACGGAGACCUGGCCCACUUCUCUGACUCUCAGAACAUUCGGGAUAUUGCCCUCACCAAGGCUUCUGGAGAGAUCCUGGGACUCGCGGUGGUGGAGUCGGGCUGGGCCAUUCUGCCCACAGUUGUUGUGGCCAACCUGCUUCACGGAGGUCCGGCCGAGCGCUGUGGAGAGCUCAGCAUCGGCGACCGCAUUAUGUCCAUCAAUGGAACCAGUCUGGUGGGUCUGCCCAUCACCGCCUGCCAGAACAUCAUCAGAGAUCUGAAAAACCAAAAGUAUGUGAAGCUCAGCAUUGUCCACUGUCCUCCUGUCACCAUGGCAAUCAUUAGGAGGCCUGAUCCCAAGUUUCAGCUCGGCUUCAGUGUGGAGGAUGGAAUUAUCUGCAGUCUAAUGCGAGGAGGACUAGCAGAGAGAGGAGGUAUUCGUGUUGGGCACCGAAUCAUUGAGAUUAACGGGCAAAGUGUUUUGCUAACGCCACAUGACAAGAUCAUCCAGAGCUUGACAAACGCUAUCGGGGAGAUUCACUUGAAGACAAUGCCAGCAUCAACAUAUCGACUCCUAACAGGGCAAGAGCAGCCAGUGUUUCUUUGACCACUGUCGUCUUCAAAACGUCAAAAAUACUGCAGUGUUCAAGCCACCUGAGCGGAAAAUAUUAUGCAAAUGAUCUUACAGCACAGAACAAGCUGUUUGUCACAACACUGAAUACCACAAGCUACACUAGUUAUAUAUUUACAAGAUUGAAUGAAUUUUAUUAUGAAAGAUUUAAAAUGACAGGGAUGAAAGAUAGCUCUUCAUUUAUAUUUAUAAGAUAUUGGAUAUUCAUGUAAUAGUUGAGAUGCUAUACAUGCAAGUGCUUCAUGUUUUCCACUUCACUAACUCAGUGAUGAACAGCAUCAUUAUAUUCUCUUCAUGGCUCUGCUAGCCUGUUGCGUGAUGCCAGUAUGCCAGAGGUAAAUAUACUUGAGGGGGUUUGUUAUUAACUCAGGACAAAGGGUCUGUGUGUUUCAUUGUGACGUACUUUCAGUUUGUCACGCACUCAUCAACAAGUGUCUGCUAAAAACUUCAGAGAGGGCUCGGCAAUGUAGUGUUCUGGUUCCUUCAUUACAACGCUUCACUCACUGUGCCUGACAUGAAGCUGAUAUCAUGCACAAUUUUUAAGCCUUAUUUGAUAGAGAGAUGCUUAUAUUUUUAUGGAUUUGCUGUUUUUCAUCUACAUUAAAAUUUCAGAAGAUGUCUUGAUGUUAUUUAUUGAGACUCAGUGGUUGCUGUGUGUUUCAAAACAUGCUUUUGUACCAUUGAUUUUGAAAAAUGACAUGCUGUUAUUCUGCUGAUUUAGAAAUAAGAUUUGAUAAGUUCCCUCAUGAGAAUUAUGAACUUCUUAUGUAAUGUAUAUGAUAUUCCAGUGUUAUCUUAAGUUACAGGUUGAAUUGCAAAGUUUGUACUAAUAAAUAUUUUUUUCGA